CGACGACGGCGACGACGGCGGCGGCGACGACGACGACGGCGGCGGCGACGACGACGACGACGACGACGACGACGACGACGACGACGACGCCGACGCCGCCGGGAAGCAAAAGGAUAUCGGUCGCCGCGUCGAAUAUCCGAGCCUGUUCGUAGUAGCGGCGUACAUCAGCAUUAGUUGUAAUAAUAGUAGUAACCAUAGUACACGUCGCGGACUAAUCUUGUCGGCACAUCGUGAACAUCCAGUGAAAAAGCUCGCCGAGACACAAGCACGAGAAAGAGGAGAACGCGAGAGUGUGUGGAAAAGAGCUGAGAAGGAAAGAAGGGAAAGAGCUGGUGAAGAAGGAUCGAGUACUGCGGUCACACGCAGGUAGGUCCAUCCAGAGGGAGGCAUCGGCAAGGAGCCGCUCCUCAACGCCGCCGCUCCAGCAUGACCCAGCCUUAGUAGUACGGCUCUCCUGUCGUACACCCUUCGCGGCGCGACACGAUACGACACGUAGAAGAAGAAGAAGGUGGUGGAGGAGUCGGAGGUGGUGCUGGCGGCGGAGGAGGAGGAGGAAGAGGAGGCGGAGGGGGCCGCCAGGGAGAGGGUGGAGGACGCCGAGGAGGACGGAGAAGAAGAAGAAGAAGGUGGCGAAGGAGGAGGAGGACGGAGGAGGCCUCGCUAACGACGGCGAACGUCCGCGAGGAGGGUGCGAACCACCAACAGCAGCACCACCACCGCCGGCGACGACGAUGAUCGUGACGGGCGGUGAUCGGCGUACAUGUUGGAGGCGGAGGCGCCGAUUGGCGUUGGUGACCCUGCUCUCCGCGAUUUUAGCCUUCGCGAUCGGCCCCUCGUCGUCUUUGGGCCACAGACCGGCGCCGAACAAUCCGAUCACGUUUCACACCACUACGAGUACAGCCAUGCCCGUCCCAGUGCGGCUGAGUAACGGUACCAGCGUGCAAGUGUACGAUAACAAGAACUACGGUGUUAACGGUGUCGCCGGUCUCAACGAGCACAAUAGGACUAGCGAUAACGAAACGGAUGUAAAGAGGCCGCUCUUUCCGGAAGAUCUGUUCACCACCGAUCAACGGCGCCGCGGCGCCGUGAUACUUCACAUACUCGGCGUGGUUUACAUGUUUGUCGCGCUGGCGAUCGUCUGCGACGAGUUCUUCGUGCCGUCGUUAGACGUCAUUAUUGAAAAACUCGAUAUCGCUGACGAUGUAGCUGGUGCUACUUUCAUGGCGGCCGGUGGAUCGGCGCCCGAACUCUUCACAUCGGUCAUAGGUGUGUUCGUGUCGUUCGACGAUGUCGGUAUCGGCACUAUCGUCGGCUCCGCCGUCUUCAACAUCCUUUUCGUGAUCGGCAUGUGCGCUAUAUUCUCGCGUACGGUGCUGUCGCUCACAUGGUGGCCUCUAUUUCGCGACUGCACUUUCUAUAGCGCUAGUCUGCUCACCCUGAUCUACUUCUUCCGCGACAGUUAUAUAUACUGGUACGAAGCACUCGUGCUCUUUGGAUUCUACUUGGCAUAUGUGAGCUUUAUGAAGUGGAAUCAACCAGUGGAGAAAUUAGUCAAAAGAAUACUCUACAGGAACAAGGUGACCCGGGUCAGGUCUACCGAUCAGCUGAUGCCCUCGCACCAGAGCGCCGCCCAGGCAUUGCAGCAUCCGAACGCGAUCAACAAUAGCGAGACGAGCGUGGGCGGUGCGUCGGGUGCGUGCGGAAGCAUCCCGGCGCCCGGGGAGGCCGGAUGCAGCAGCAGGGUUGGCAGCAGCAGCGGUGGCGGCGGCGGCGGCGGCGGCGGCAGCGGCGUUGGCGGCAGCGGCGUUGGCACGGGCUCCGGGCAAGGGUGCGAGCAGGCCCACGGGGGCCCAUCCUCACACCAUCGGGAGAGCCACGCCAAGUUCCGGCACGGCCUGCUGCAGCUUAUGAUCCACACGAUCGAUCCGCUCCACGACGGUCAGUCCCGCGCCGGCAAGGUGGACGAGAAAGCGACGCAGCUGCAUGCGAUAGCGUCACUGAAGGUGCUGCUGGAUGCCACCAAGCCGCAUAACGGCGCCGCGACGUCGACCGCCGCCCAUUAUUCCGGCGCAUCCUCGAAGGAGACGACUCUGCAGCUGCAGCAGGGCUCGCAAGGCACCACCACUACCACCACGACAACGACAACCACUGCCGGCACCACCGCCGGUAUUCAGGAACUUCCGAACGGCGGUAUCGCCGCCGGUCUCGACGCUGGACUCGAUUCGGGCGAAGAGGAUGAACCUCCAGAGGCCUUGAAUAUGGGCUGGCCGAGCAGCCCAAGAAAAAGGCUAACUUACAUUUUGGUCGCGCCAAUCUUAUUUCCUCUUUGGUUGACGUUACCGGAUACGAGAACACCUAGAGGGAAGAAGUUGUUCCCGAUAACGUUCAUCGGCUCGAUCUUCUGGAUCGCGGCGUACUCGUACCUGAUGGUCUGGUGGGCGAACGUCGCCGGCGACACAGUGGCCAUACCGCCGGAAGUGAUGGGCCUGACGUUCCUCGCAGCUGGCACCAGCAUACCGGACCUCAUCACAAGCGUCAUCGUGGCGCGAAAGGGAUACGGCGACAUGGCCGUGUCGAGUUCCGUCGGCAGUAACAUCUUCGACGUGACCGUUGGGCUUCCGGUUCCAUGGCUCCUAUACGGUUUAAUCUACGGGAAACCCGUGGAGGUGAACUCAGUGGGCAUGGUGUGCAGCAUAGCGAUACUGUUCUGCAUGCUGCUAUUCGUGAUCAUGAGCAUCGCCUGCUUCAGAUGGAAAAUGAACAGGGGCCUCGGCUUCACGAUGUUCAUCCUCUACUUCGUCUUCGUCGCCGUCUCGCUGAUGUUCGAGUACGAGAUUCUGGUAUGCCCGGUGUAGGGCAGCCAGGACAGCGCAGCCGCGGCAGCAGAGGUAUUAAAAAAUUCCUUUCCGAAGGAAACGUUUAUAUACGUCUGCGAAACGGACGCACACUUACGGGUCUCGUCAUCAUCAUCGUCAUCGUCGUCGGCGAGUCACGGCCGACGAGAGAACUCUCUUCCCCGCGGUCGCCGCUUCGAGCCGAGGAGGAAACCGCGUGCCAGUCAUUAUACCUUCCGCGCUCUCGCGCGCGUCAAGGGGACUUGACAGUACUUGAACGGCAAUAGCAGCACCAUCACACCGCCACUAUCACCGAUCAUCGGGUCACAGCAACUUCGCGUAUCAGAUUACAAGGCGUUUUGCUCUAGUCGCGAAAGGUGUACAUAUUGUAUAAAAAUCUUGAAAUACCUGAAACGAAAUACUCGUCUUGUUAAGAAUUAACCGAGUCCACUCGAGUGCGCUACUUUAUUAUUUAGGCAUGGCGAGCGCGUUAGCCGAUCGUGCCAAGGACCAAAUAUCAUUUUAUGUAAUCCUCGGAAAAAGUUUUUUGGCACAGACCUUUGACACUCUCCGAUCUUCUUUUUCUUCUUUUUUUCUUUUUUUUUUGUUAUUUCUUCUUUCUCAUCCUACUUCUUAUUAGCCAAUAAGCGACACUGAACAUCAGACAAGUUAAGUGCAUUACCGUUAUUACUUCACUUGAAAUUAUUACAAUAAAGAUUUACAGAAAAGCUACUCUGUUAUAUAUUCAACUAUGAUCCGUAAUAAGGGUUAUAUAUUUCUAAUUAUAAUCAUGGAUAUCGUCAGAUAUCGCUUGAUUCGUGCAUUUAUAGAAACAUCACGUUUUUCGAGUAUACCUAUAUAAUAUAGCAAUAAUAUUAGACUUAAAACGCGAUGUUACCAGUGUACAAAAUGUUACAGUAGGUCUUCUCUCGUUUGACUCCUUGGCACGCUCACGUCCAAAUAUUAAUACAUAACGUUAUCCCUAGAACAAGUGACCUGACCGCUCGCCGAUUUUUCUCUAAAGCAGGAAUUCUCUUCGCCUCUAAUAUCUAAUAGAACUAGCGUUAUAACUUUUCACUCUGUUGUACUCACGAAAUCCAAUCUGAUGCGGUGCGGUGUUCGGCGUUCCGUUUUGACGACGAAACGCGACGUUCGCUCAUGAGUUCAUCUCGAGUGGCGUUCACAUACGCCAGGUGCACAUUUCAGGCAAGUCGUAUAACUUUACAUAUUUCCUUUAACCAAAAUUACAGUGUGCCAUAAUAUGCUGCGAUAUAUAAUGUGUCAUGUGAGAAAAACUCUCUUUUGUUGCAAACGCAGAAAAUAUUUUAUUUCUUUUUCAAAUUUUAUUUUCCGAUUUAACAACGCAAAAGCAAAUUAUUAUCAGAAAUUAAAAUAAAAGCUGUUUGAUUGUUCAAUAAAACAUGUUCUACAUGUUCGUGAAAUUGCAUGAAACGCCCAUUGAAAGUCUUCAAACAUUGAUUUAUUAAAUUGAUAUGAUUCAAACACUGGCAAUCACGUCUCAAACGAAACGGCUGAUCGUCGCAUCGGAUUUUCAGCGUGCAAUCGGAACGGAUGUUACUGUUGAUACGUGAAUAAGAUAGAAUAGUGAUAAAAAUAUGAAAUUUUGAUUGGAAAUCAAUUGAUCUGUUUACUGCUUACAUGUUCUCCGUUUUUGAUUCGAUGAAUCGUUAAUAGCAGAUUCGUAGCGAACGCAAGAAACAAGCGAAUCGGUUUUCGAAGAAAACGCAUUUAUCGAUGCGUAGCGUUAAUUUAGCAAAAGAGAAGGCAACCGCUUGUUUACGAAAAUUGUCUGUUUGAAAAGAAAAACGCCUUUUCGAUCAAUUAAGCCAUCCUUAUAAAUGCUUCUUUUUUAGAAAAUUUAUUAUGACAUAAUUUCGCAGAAAAUUGCGCAGUAGAAUUUUCGGCAAAUUUAUUUAUUGGUCAGUAUAAAGUUAAUUCGACAAGUCUAAGAAAACAUCUCGUUCGCGUAAGACAUCCAGAUCCGAUUCCGAGCGUGUUUUCUCUUAAAUACAAUUAUUACUACUACUGUAACUAUAAUCUGUAAGCGACAUGCGAAAAAAAAGCAGACUUUCUUAAGUGCAUAAGGAAAAUUGUUGCAAAUCGUAUAUUCGAAUUGGUGCAUCAUGUGGAGAUUCUAAGGAUCACUCCCCCCAAGAGUGCUCGUGUCGCUUACUGAUGCACCUUACGCACGAUCGAAUCAUCGUGCGAUAUUCUCUCUGCGUAGGAAAAGUAUCGAAAUACACUGCAGAUAUUUGCACGCGUGUAAGUAAUGUACUGUUAUGAUAUGCUCUUACGAAACGAAAGAAACAGACGAAUGUCGAGUCGUUUAGACAUUGCACUUUCCGUGAUGUUCCACAUCAGCUUGAUACUCUCUCCGAGCAGUUGUUUUUUUGCUAACUUCUUUCAAGUUUUCGACAUUGCACUAUGACACUACUAAGGUACCGUUAGAAAAAAAUAUGAUUACUAUGAUUGUUAUAUGUACACAGUGAAGAUAAACGGGUAAUAGAAAAGUGAACGAGUGUGUAAUGUGUGUAAGAUUGGAAGAGAGACAGAGAAAGAGAACGAGAAAAAGAGAGAGAACGAUAUAGAAAACUAAAAAAAAAAGAAAGAGGUAAAAGAAGAUGAAGAAAAAGUAGGAACAUGUACAGCCGGGGCAUGACAGAAUGGGCGAUUUUUAAUCCAGGUUACAGGACCCGUGUUGUAUAAAGCGUUUGUAAAGGAUACGUUUUAAGGACAUAGAGGUAAUAGUUAUAAUGUGAUAUCGAUUAUAUUACAUACGAGAUGAACAAAAUGUUAUUAUACAUACCCUCACAGUUUGGGAGAAAUACAGAGGAGUAAUAUUACAUUUUCGGUAGCCUGAACGCCUAAAAGCGGCCUAGCUUUUUAUUAAGCCCACAGCUAACGCAAAAAUUGAAUCCGCGGUA